GUGAUGAUUGCAUUCAAUUUUAAGCAUAGGCUUUAAGUAGAACUUCUGACUAAAUGUCGCUUUAGUCAGAUUUUGAAUUUCGCCCGAGCCAGAACGUAGAUUAGAGAUAACGUCGAAAGCGAAAUCGAAAUCGUGAAAAAUAUAGACGCGAAUUGUCGAGUGUUGAGGAUGUCGCAGACUCUGGAUGAUCUCCUGCAGCGGCAGGAGCAAGCCCGUCAGUUGCGUCUGGCCACACGGCCCAAACUGAUCCGACGGAUCAAUUCCCUGGAUCGCAUACCGGAACAUCCCAGCCAGGAUGAAUCGGAGACUGAGGAUAAGACACCACAUAGGCAUUUUAUCAAAUUAAGAAGACAACGCACUGCAGAUGGCAGCUUAUUGCGUUCCCAUGUCCCGGCACAGCAGCAAUCCUCAAGGAGCACAAAUUUGCUGCUCUUUGGACCGCAACUUUUGAUGCGUCUACUCCUCACUCUUAUACGCUAUAUACUCUAUAUACCGCUGUCGAUAGCAGCGCCCAGUUUUUGGCUGUCCGCUUUGCUGUGGAUCUUUUGGAAGCUGCUGAGGAUACCAAUUGCUUUGGUCAAGUGGCUGCUCAGCGGCGGCGGAGCCAAGGAGGAGGAGCAACUGGGUGUGGGUGCAUCACAGCGACAGCGCACUGUACUGCUCAGUGGCGGGAGCACCAUACAGACACUGCACAUGGCACGUAACUUUUAUGGAUCCGGCGCACGUGUUGUGGUCUUUGAAUUCGAGGGUCUCUUCGGCCUGGCACGAUUCUCCUCGAGCGUGGACAAGUUCUAUGUGGUGCCCAAGCCGAGUAGCUCCAAUGCGGAUCAAUAUAUUGCCGCCCUGUGUCACAUUGUGCGCAAGGAGCGUCCCACUGUCUAUGUGCCCGUGUGCGCCACAUCUCCGGCGUACUAUGAUUCCCUGGCCAAGCCACAUCUGGAGCUGCUGGGCUGUGCGAGCUUUGUGCCCGGAGUGCAGGAGACCCAACAGCUGGACGACUGUCUGCAGCUGUUCCAGCGCUGUGAGGCACAGGGCAUAACGCUGCCACCGCAUACCAUGAUCACGGCACAGGAGCAACUGCAGCAACUCUAUGAGCAGGGAUUCGCCGGUGGCUAUCGCCACAUCUUUAUGGCCGGUGGCAUGCAGGGCGUCAUGGAGCGGCAUAAGUAUAUACUACCCAAUCGGCGUGUGGAGUUGCCCAAGUUCCAACAGCAUGAGAUCAGCGAGCGACAACCCUGGCUGGUGGUACGUGAUCAGCCGGGUUACCAUCACUAUGUCACCUGUACCACUGUCAAGGACUCACGGGUGGUGGCCAAUGUCAGCUGUCGGGUGGAGCAUCACACCAAGAAUCUUAUUCCGCUGAGUCGUCGCGAUGACGAGGCACAAAUCGAACUCUGGCUGAGGACAUUCUUUGCCAAGGUGCGUUUCCAGCGUGCCAUCAACGGGCAUAUUAGUUUCCGCCUGGUCAAAUCUCCCGCACAUGCGGGACAAUUUAUUCCGUUGGGUGUCCGACUGGGCGUGGCACUGCCCUACAUCUGCCACAACCGAUCGCAUGCUCAGCUGCUGUGCCGUGCCAUCAAAUGCAUGUGCAUACAUCGCAGACAGGAGCAGACAGAGCAGGAGGAGCCCAGUUGGAGCUGGAGCUGGUCAACGCUGGAGCGGAGCACUUCGACAGCGGCACUGGAUAAACGUGAGGCGCUAUUCGCAUAUUGGGAUCCGUUGCCCUAUUGCGCCUACUAUCACUUUCAGCUGCCAUUGGAGUCCGUCAAGCUGUUUUUGCAGCGACGCAAUCGACAUCCGCAUCCAAAUACAAAUCCGCAUCGCAGUGAGACCAAAAGUUUAUCGGCAAUGCGCAUCACGGCGUCGGUUCAUUGAACGCACUGCAGCAAUUGUACCGACGGUACCGCACGCACACUUGUUGGCAAGCGACACGCGGCAAGGGGACACAGCAAGACAGCGAGAGAGCGAGAGAGAUUAAACAGACUGAGCAAUUAUAAUAUGUGUACGCUGGGUACAUGCAUACUAAUGUACACUCACAUGUAUACACUUGGUACACUCGUACAUAUGAACAUAAAAGAUGUACACACUUGGUACACCCGUAAAUAUGUACAUCAUAAAUGUACACACUCCUAGAUGUACAAACAAAGCUGUUAACUUUUGUUAUUUACAUAUAAGAUGUACAAGCGCGUCCCACACAGAUGAUGUAGAAACUCGGUACACUUACACAAGAUGUACCCAAUCCUAUCAUAUACAAGAUGUACACACUCGCUACACGGCGUUGGCAUACAACACAUGUACGCACUCGUACCACAGAUAAGAUGUGCACACUCGGUACACACAUCAAAAGUGUACACAUCGUAGCACACAUGGUGUAAUAAUUAAGGUGCAAUCAUGAGCACUGUGUCAAUAGACACUCUUGCCUAUUUAGCUAUUUUUAGCAAUUCUUAAGGGGUUUUAAAGUUUCUUAAAAUAAAGAAAAACACUAAAAUCAUACAUUUUUCUUUUUAUGCAUAGCAUUUCCUCUUUUUGAAACAUUAAUUUAGUUAUCUCGAGUUAACUAAAAUCAAACAUCACCAAAGUAAAAACGUCUUUAUAUGAAUUUUUCAAAACUAAAUUUUCAAAGUUAAAUUUAAAACUUUUCAGUUGUGAACUAUAUUCAAGUAACAAUGCAACAACAACAAAGUCUUACAGUGUAAUGUCUGAUCUUAUCUUAUCUUAUAGUAGUUUCACCUUGGAUUGGUCUAUGAUAUCGAUUCCAAUUGCACCUUUCUAAAUACGCCAUGGUAUCGAACAGAAAAUGUACAUAUGGACACACUUGUACAUGCAUACAUAUGUACACACUUGUGCAUUAUUUUAUAUUUUGUUUACUUAAAGAUCGCACACACACACACACACACUCAUCAAAUGGGGUUCAACAUCUAUUUAGUAAGAUUAGACUACGCAUAAAACACAUAAUUUAUAAAUUAUACAUACAUAUGUAUAUAUUAUACUGUACUACAUAUAUACAUAUAUAUAUACUGUAAACAUUGAUCGUAUGUACGUCAGUUUAUUGACUUUGCAUAAUAAAGCUUAUACA